ACCCUCCUCCGUUACAUAGAGCCGGACAGAGCUGCUUUCUCCCCUUUUCCUCUCGAGGCGCAGAGAGGUGCUGAGGACCACGGAUGAGACGCAUGCGCAGCACCAGCCGCCACUGGAGGGGCUGCUGCUUCUGCGGGGCUCGGGGCGCUGGCUGCCGCAGUAGCAUCUCUGCUCGGAGGGGCCAAGGCAAGGAAGGCGAGUGCUGCUGCGUCGGCUGGCGAGGCCGGGCGGGCGGCUCUCCGCAGCAGCUGGCAGAGAGGUACGCCGACCUGGCCGCCAGCCACGCCGAGGCGCUGAGGCUCGGGGAGGAGCGUGAGCGCCAGAGCGGGCGGCUGCGGGAAGAGAACGCGCGCCUCAGGCUGGAGAACCGGCGCCUGCGCAGGGAGAACCGCAGCCUCUUCCGCCAGGCUCUGAAGCUGCAGCCCUUCCAAGAACAGGAAGUCAAGCCUGGAGAGGCGGGGGGAGGAGGAGGAGGAGGAGACGGCAGCUGCGAAGAUGGGGAGCCUGCAGGAAUCACCAUUUCCUCCCCGGAAGGAGAGGAGCUGAUGCAGAGUGGUGCGAAGAGGGCACGAGUCGGAGAUGGUGGCAGAGGGGAUGCGCCUGACAUAGCCUGAUGAAAUCUCCCAGCAGCGUAACAAAAGGAGAGUUGGAUCUGACAAGACUCCCUUUUCCUUCUUCGCUCAUCCCUCCGCCUCUCCCAUCGGAGAAACUGAUGCCUGAAUCUGGCACCUCCUGGAGGAAGACUGCCUCAGAACUUAAACGCUUUCCUUUUUUUGGCACCUGGUGAGAGAAAGCAGGCUCUCUGCACACCCCACCCAUCACGGAGGGAAGCAUCCUCCCCCGUUUGUACCUUUCCCCCCCUCACAGGCAAAACAAAAGGUUCUGGUUGCCUGGUUUCCAGAAGCUACACCUCCCCCCCCUUGUUUACCUGCUGGCAGGAGGAUGUCUUUGCCACCUGCCUUGUCCCCAAACUGCAUCCCUUGGGAGCCUCUGCUGAUGCAAGGAUGUCAUGAUCAGCACAGCACCUGCUGGCAACAGCCUCAAAAGCAUGGGAUGGCGUAAGGAAAAGACUUACUCGUCAGUCUUCAGUUUAACAGCCGUCUUUGGAAGGCUGGAAUAUUUGCUGAAUUGCUGGCCUUAAAACAAAUUGCCUCUGGGGUUAAAUCUUUGAAAGGCUCUUCAAAAAAUAAAAUUUGCAAUGCACUGGA